AUGUCUGGAAGGCCCGAGGAAGGAAUUUACGAUAAUGAGGAAAUUCAAGCGCCUACUGUCCCGCAGGGAGAUUGGAGGAGAGCGAGGUCGGACUUUGAGGGUGACACAGAUCACUCCUCUACGACUCGCAGAAGAUUGGAGGAAAUGCAUCGACCAAAGUGGACCAUGAACAGCAGCGUAGAGGACAUCCUGCUGGAGGGAAGCACUAACAGGAACAACAUGAAGCUAAAUGAUUUCCUUCGGAGCAACUUGGGCGAGGAGUGGGUUGUGGAAAGAAAUAGGAACGUGACGAUGGAGGCGUUUGUUCAGGAGCCGGAUGCCUACGUACAAGACCAGCGGCUUCUUAGAAUUAUUUUUAAUUUAACAGAGUACCAGGUGUACAAGCUUCAUCACGAGGGUGAGUUCUUUCUCGAGCAAUGGAGGGACUAUGAAGGAAAGGAUACGGUCACUCCUCUUGUAAGGGAAAAACUAAACAGAGUUCUCAUUCAGGUGCUGACAGAAGAAAGGCGUGAGGCGGAAGAAAGGGCGAGGUGGGACCAGCAACAGGUAAUAUUUAACUUAUCUGCUAAGAUCGAAGAUUUGUUGUUUGGAGGAAGAGUUCGCGUCAUGGAAAUAAAGCUGAACGAUUUUCUUACGAGGGAAUUUGACGGAAGAGGCAUUUUGCGCGCCAAUCGGAGUGUCUUACUGAGGGAUUUCUUUGGUGAUCCCACGAGGUAUAUCCGCGAUGCGGGAGUAUUGAACGAAAUACAGGCAACAGGUGCUUAUGCGAGGAUGGAGAGGACUGUGAGGGAGGAAAUGGAUAUGGAAGAGGUUGUACGCAAGCUUCAUCACGAGGGUGUGUACUCUCUCGAUCAAUGGAGGGACUAUGAAGGAAAGGAUACGGUCACUCCUGUUGCAAGGAGAAAACUAAACAGAGUUCUCACUCAGGUACUGAGUGAAGAAAGCCGUGAGGCAGGAGAAAGGGCAGUGCGGGAAAAACAAGUAGGAUUUACCCUAACUACUACAAUCAGGGAUGUGCUAUUGGGAGGAAGAGUUCGCGUCAUGGACAUAAAGCUGAAUGAUUUUCUUACGAGGGAAUUUGACGGAAGAGGCAUUUUGCGCGCCAAUCGGAGUGUCUUACUGAGGGAUUUCUUUGGUGAUCCCACGAGGUAUAUCCGCGAUGCGGGAGUAUUGAACGAAAUACAGGCAACAGGUGCUUAUGCGAGGAUGGAGAGGGCUGUAAAGG